GUUCAUUGCCGUGUCCAUCCCUCUGAACUACAACCGUAAACAUGUGGACCACCGUCAGCUCAUCCUGCUGUCGGCCACCUGGCUGCUGGCCCUGGCCGUGGCCUCGCCGGUCAUCUUUGGCAUCAACAACGUGCCUGACCGCGACCCCAGCGAGUGCAAACUGGAGGACAACAACUACGUGGUUUACUCUUCAGUCUGCUCCUUCUUCAUCCCCUGCCCUAUCAUGGUCCUGCUCUACUUCGGGGUUUUCCGUGGCCUGCGGCACUGGGAGGAGGCCCGUAAGGUCAAACUGCGCAGCAGCAUCGAGGCCUGCAGGAAGCUGCAGCACGCCGCUGUCGCCACCGCCCUCCCCCCGCUGACGGGCACCAUCCCCGGGCCUCUGCCCAUGCCUCUGCCCAGGAUCAUCGAGAGGGACUUGGCCCAGUCUCGGCUAGACGAUACGGGCGACUACAUACAGCAGGAGAUUCCUUAUCCUCGGCAGUACAGAGAGAACUCUGUGCCCACGGUAACGUUCAGUCAGCAGCAGCACAGGAAGAAGAGAGCCAAGAUCAACAGCAGGGAGAGGAAAGCUAUGAAGGUGCUACCUGUCGUAGUAG